CGGAAAACGAUCCGCAAAUACGGCGGAUGAAAACGGUGGAACGGCCGCAGAACUAGAAAACAAAGACCGAAGAGAGUCGCGGACGCGGACGCACGAGGCAGCGAAAACGGGUCGAACGGCAAUCAAAACAAAAGACUUGAUUAAAAUCAGAUAUUAAUAGAAAGCCAAAGUGCACACAUCGAGCAAAAAGUGGCGCCUUUGAAGCAACCAAGCCCCCCAUUGUUUAGAAGCCCGAGCGGCAGUAUGGAGGCCAUCGAAGACUCAACAAAAGGAGUGCCUCGCUUGGGGCUGCGCCACGUGCAGGCGGUUCUGCUGUUCAUCGGACUUUGCGCCAACACAAUCCUGCAGCUGAACGUGGGCGUGGCAGUGGUGGCCAUGACUAACACCACCACGUCCGUCGAUGGCGAGGGCGACAUCCCCAAAUACAACUGGAGCGAGGUGGAGAAGUCCUACAUCCUGUCUAGCUUCUACUGGGGCUCUGCGCUGGCCCAGUUCCCCGCCGGCUACUUGUGCAAGCGGUUCGGCUCCAAGGCAGUCCUCUUCUGGGGCACUUUGGGCUCGUCGCUGCUCAGCGCCCUGACGCCUCACGGAGUCUACGCCGCCGGCUGGCAGGCGUUCUGCGCUAUCCGGCUGUUGCAGGGCGUGUGCCAGGUCACCUGGCCGUGCAUCCACCAGCACCUGGCCAACUGGUGUCCCGAAGCGGAGCGGACACGCCUGGGCGCCUUCGCCUACACCGGGUUCGACUGCGGCAACGUGCUGGCCAUGUACGCGGCUGGUAUGAUAGCCAGCUCGUCCCUCGGCUGGCCGGGAAUCAGCUACUCGGCGGCCGCCCUGGGUCUGGUCUGGUGCGUGCUCUGGCUGCUCCUAGGAGCCAGCAAAGUGACCGAGGCCCGGUUCAUAACCGAGGCGGAGAAGUGCUACAUCCUCGGCGAUCUGCAGCGGUUGGAGAGAAAGGAGUCGCGAUCCAAGAAGUUGCGGAUACCCUGGAAGGGAAUCUUCACGUCGGCUCCCGUGUACGCCCUACUAUGUGCCCGGUGUGCAGACACCUGGGGCCUGUCCACCAUGCAGCAGGAGCUGCCGGCGUACUUGAGCGGCGUCCUCCGGCUGGACAUGAAGAGCAAUGCGCUCUUCUCCUCCCUGCCCUUCCUCCUGAUGUGGGGCAUGUGCUACGUUUACUUGGUCAUUGCGGAUGUGCUGCUGCAGAAGAAGUGGCUCGGGCUGACGGCUCUGAGGAAGACCUACACGACCAUAGCGCUGUGGGCGCCGGCUUCCAUAAUGCUGGCCCUCGGCUUCGUGGGCGAGGGACACCAGAACGUGGUCCUGCUGCUGAUAACGCUUAGCGUGGGCGUGAGCAGCGCCGCCACCAUCGGCACCGAGCUGAACACCAUGGACUUGUCGCCGAACUACGCCGGGAUCCUGGCGGGGAUCAUCACCAGCUUCACCAACGUGGUGGCUCUGCUGACGCCCCUGGUGGUCGGCGUGCUGGUGACCGAUGCCGGGGAGCGGGGCCAGUGGCAGGUGGUCUUCUGCCUGGUGGCCGGGGUGCUCUUUGCCGGCAACGUGAUCUUCAUGGUUUGGGGCACAGCUGUGACCCAGCCGUGGAACGAGGCGCCGGAGCUGCAGGGCGAACUAGAGCCGGAGGAGAAGCCGUUUCAGCUGCUCGCCCAGGAGGCGGCCGACAACGGAGUAGACUUAAGGAUAAAUUGUAAAAACCCCUGAGACUUACAAUUAAAACUCAUUUCAAAAGACC